UAAAACCAUAAUUGGUUGAAGAAUUUUUAAAGUACUUGUUUUAUACUCUAACCAAAGAUUAGGUAGAAUCAUUUAUGCAUUCACAAGUAGAAGUUAGAGAAAGUAAAACUUGGAUGGAAGUUUUAGUAUUAAGAUUAAGAAAUGAGUGCGACUUUGCCUCUUUUCAAUGCCCAAUUUCUUGAGAUCCUGGCUGUUCUGCAUCCAAAAUAUUAAACAAUCAAUUCCUUUUACAAAAAGCAAAAGACAGAAAUAUUUAUUGCUAAGCUUAAAAGAAUUGAUCACCAAAAAAAAAACUCGAUUCGCUUUACUCAAAACCCCAAUAUAAUAUUUCCACAAUUGCUUCCACUUCCAUCGAGAGAUUUUGCUUCUUUUUUUCCAUUCUUCUGUGAGUUUCUCUAAUGGCAAACUCCAAGAAGCAAGCAUGGUUCUUUUGCACCACAGGCUUACCAAGUGACAUCGAAAUCGAAGUUGAUGAUAUAACAUUUCAUCUUCAUAAGUUACCUCUGAUGUCAAAAAGCAGAAAACUUCACCAGCUAAUAACAGAGCAAGAACAGAGUACAGAACAGAGUGAAGUUGAUCCUCACAUAAAGCUCGAGAAUUUUCCGGGAGGUUCAGAUAUUUUCGAGACGGUGGUAAAGAUAAGCUACGGCUUCAAAGUCGACAUCUCUGUUUCCACGGCGGUUCCACUACGUUGCGCCGCCGAGUAUCUCGAAAUGACGGAAGAGUACUCACCGGAGAAUCUAAUUUCGAAAACAGAGAGGUUUUUCUCCCAGUACGUUUUCACUAACGUACGAGAAUCCAUCAAAGCGUUGAAAUCUUGCGAACCAGUCUCGUCUCUAACCGAAACACUCGGUUUAACGAAACAGUGUAUAGACUCCAUCGUCUUCAAAGCUUCCUCAACCGAUCCGUCUUCGUUUUUGCUCGGUUGGCCAAUAAACAACGGAGGUAUCUUCACCGUUGAUCAGAAGAAACAGAGCAAAGAAUCGAAAACAGAGCUUUGGUUCGAAGAUUUAACUGAAAUGAGUUUUCCGAUCUUCAGACGAGUGAUCUUAGCUCUGAAAUCGAGAGGUCUGAGUGAUGAGAUCAUAGAGAAAUCUUUAAUUUCUUACGUCAAGAAACACAUUCCCGGAAUCUCCCGUUCAUCUUAUUCUUCUUCCUCCACCUCUGCCACCACCACCAUAGCUUCCGAGAAUGAACAAAGAGAAUUGUUAGAGACUAUAAUCUCAGAUCUUCUUCCGUUAAACAACUCCUCCAUCCCAACAUCAACGACGAGAUCUCUCUUCGGAAUAUUACGAUCUGCGAUCAUCCUCAACACCUCCGAGAAUUGCAGAGCCUUACUGGAGAAAAAGAUCGGAACGGAUCUUGAAAAAGCUACACUUGAUGAUUUGCUCAUCCCGAGUUACUCGUAUCUCAACGACACGUUAUACGAUAUUGAUCUUGUGGAGAGACUCUUACGUCGUUAUCUCGAAAAGGACGCCGUGUCUUCGCCGUUGAAGGUGGUUGGUAAACUGAUGGACGGAGUUCUUGGUGAGAUUGCAUCGGACGGUAAUCUUAAACCGGAGAAGUUUUAUAAUCUGGCGGUUUUGGUUCCGGUUCAAGCACGGGUUUACGAUGAUGGACUUUACAGAGCUGUCGAUAUGUACUUCAAGGCGCAUCCGUGGAUAUCGGAGGCAGAGAAGGAGAAGAUUUGUAGUGUAAUGGACUGCCGAAAACUAACUGUCGAAGGAUGCACACACGCGGCACAAAACGAGCGUUUGCCACUACGAGCCGUCGUACAAGUCUUGUUUCUAGAGCAGUUACAGCUCCGACAAGUAAUCACCGGGACGUUAUUAAUGACGGAGGAAGAAGAAGGAGAAGUGGUGGAGUUUGGGAGAUGGAAGAAGACGGUUAAGGAGAAUGAGAUGCUUCGUUUGGAUAUGGAUACGAUGAGGACACGAGUGAACCAACUAGAGAGAGAGUACUCGCACUUGAAGAAAGUCAUCAUCGGUGAGAUGAAUAAGGAAAGUUCAUCGGAGGAGAAGAACGAUAGGGAGCGGAAAUGGUCACUCGGGAAGAGGUUGGGAUGCAAAUUUACGACUCAGGUAUGUGAUUCGCAUGAGGCAACGUUGGUUGAUCGAAGAUCAAGACGACGUUCUUUAAGCUAGUACGUAAAUUGUAUUUUUCUUCAAAACAUUUCCUUAAAAAGAUGAUUAAAUGAAACUAUUAAAGUACAUUAUUUUACACUGUGUAUUUGUAGGAUGUUUCAACGUGUUGCAAGUAGAGAGUAGUGUUUCGAUAUUACAUAUAACGAUGUUUUGUUCAUCAUA